AUGGGUGGCGCACCAGUGGCGGUCGGGCAGAGAUCCGAUGGCUGGGCGGCGACCGGGUGGCAGCAUAGUGGCGGAGUGGUGGCCGGUCGGAAAAAAGGGCCGGGGAGCCGGAGGGGCGGUCGGGAACUGAGCGGCGGUCGGGGACUGAGUGGCGGGGGCCAGGGCGGAGGCCGCAGGUUGAGCGGUGAGCUGGGGCCACAGGCAGGCGGCGGCGGAGGUGCAGGGAGGUUUCCAACGGCGGGGGCCAUAGGGAGGCCGACGGUGAGAGCAGGGCUGGCGGAGCGGAGAGGCAUGCAACCGGAAGGCCAGGCUGCUGGGAAGCGGCGGCAUAGGGGACCAAAGGCGGCAGAGGCCGGAGACUGCAGGGCCGCUGGGGGCAAAGUGUAA